AUGAGCAGUGACAGCGACGUACCAUUAUCGGCUAUCGCACCUGAAAAUAAAAAUAAAUCAGGCAUCCAUUCCAAAAAAUUACAUGAAGAUGUCGCAUGCUCUUCGUCGACUGAUCAGAGCGAUGUUGAUAAGGACUCUACUGGCGGCGAACCAGUUUCAAAGAAACCAAGAACUAUUGAAAAUUUAAAACGAACUAAAAAAACCAGUGAACCAGUGGAAAGUGAUAAUUCGUCCUCAUCUGAUUCUGAAAAUGUGCCUUUCUCAUCGACUAAAAAAAUCAAGAGAAAACGACCGCAUACUAAAAAACUUCCAAAAAGUGAAAGUGAUGCUUGUAAAAAUGAUCCAAACAGUCAUGGAAAUUCAUCUAAAAUAAAAAAACUUCGAAAAACAAAUGAUACUUCGGAUAUGAACAGUGCAAGAACAGAUGAAGGAGAAACUAAAAAUGUUGAGCGCAUGAAGCAAAAAAUAUCGCAAAUGUUGGAAACCUCAUCCGAAAACAAUUCAGAUCAAGAGAAUUCAGUACGAAAAGAUGACAGUUCUGAUUCAGAUAACGAUGGGAAUAAAUCCGAAAAAUUUCCCGAAGAAUCUGUUGUCAAUAAUGAGGCUAGAGUUUUAAUUGUGUUUGUAAAUCAGCGAAAUAAGGAUAAAAAAUCUGAACAAGGUGAUGAAACAACAGAUACAUCAAUUGCUGAUGCUUUAGAAGAGCCUGCUUUGCCUAAAGAAACAUCGCGGGAUUCUGGUGAAAUUAAGGGAAAAGCAAGUGGGAAAAAAAUUUCGAAAAAAAAAUCGAAGGAAGAAAAUAUUGAUGCAUUUGCCUAUCGUUUGAAAAAGCUUAAAAAAUUCGUCAUAUUGGCGGGUUUUCGUCUUUGCUACAAAAAACUUUUCGAAAAUGUAGAAAGCACAAAGGCGCAAGUGAAGAUUCUGGAAGAGAAAUUGCAUGAGAAGGGGAUUCAAGUUCUGACCGCGGAGGCUUGUAAAAAUUUUCGGCAGAGAAAGGAGGAAGAAAAAGAACUCUCUUAUUUGAGUACCAAUCAAAUUAUUGAUCCUGGUUCCAAUUUUCGUGUAACUCGCAGCAGUUUAAGAGCCGAAAAUGAGCGUAAAAAUGAUCGAUGUGCAAGGCUAUCGACAUCGUCAUCUGAAAUUGAUUCGGAGGUUGAAAAAAUACGUGAAGAGAAUAAUCAAAUAUUUUCUCGCUUAAAAGGUAUUGUUUCCGAUGAAUCGGAUUAA